UUAAAGUGGUGUGCCUGUUUGUUCAAUAGUUGUUCAAUUUAGAGCUUAUCGCCUAAUUUGAAGCUGAUUAAGUACAUUUACAGCUGUUCUAAAAUGAAUAGAGUAUUAGAUGGUUAAAUCCAUAGUUUCACCCUUGCAUUAAUGUAAUACAGUAAAUAAGAAACUGGGUUUGGAGUUAUUAGUGUUGCCAUUUACAUUAAACACACAUGAAGCUGUUUUAUAGUCUCACAAUGUAAACAAAUAGUGUCAAUAAAAUAUAAAAUGUUCAUUUUGACAUAAUCACAUACUAAUGAAGUCUAUAAAUUGAAUUGUCAAAAUAAAUUUUGGGUUCUAACUAUACGUUUUCACCAGUGUUUUCACUAAGCGCGUUGGCGCAUUACGCAUGCGCACUGUCUCUCCAUUCGGGGUUAAUUGACGCGUCCGAAACAGAUUAAGCGCUCCAUACAGGGUUGCCAGAUUGCUUAUUUUAAAUUUAGUCCAUUUCCUUUCGAUUGGUCGGAAAAACUAUACAAGCUCGUUGUGCGGUCAAAUCUGUAAAGGAUGUCAAAAUAAGCUACUAAACGAAGGCAACUGUUAGACAGAAAAGUGACGUUUCGAAUUUAAUUAUCAUUCGUUUAUACAGAAUAUACUGUGUUUUGAAGUCCCAAUCUGGCAACCUACAACUGUUUCUCCCUAAUCCACUCUGAGAGGCUUACAACCGCUACAUGGAAACGGCACUGUCAUAUUGUUUAUAUUUUUAUUUUGCACUGAAAAUAUAUUAAAAAUUUAGCUAUUAAAUCUAUUUGAAGUUAUUCAGAAAUAGACGCUGUUGACGCCAAGAUGAAGGACCGACUAGCACAGCUGAAAGAGAAAACAGAUCAAACACCUGAAGAUGUGGAGAUCCAAAUGGAAAAUAAAGAAUUUAUGGAUGAGUUCUUUUCUCAGAUUGAAGAGAUCCGCAUUGGUAUUGAUAAGAUUGAUGAGAAUGUGGCUGAGAUAAAGCGCCUGUAUUCUGUUAUUCUCUCUGCACCAACCUCAGACCAAAAGACACAAGAUGACCUGGAAGCCAUCACAAAUGAAAUCAAGAAAUUAGCCAACAAUGUUCGAAAUAAACUUAAAAGCAUCGAGCAGAGUUUAGAGUCAAAUGCAGAGGAAAGAGUUUCAGCUGAUUUGCGUAUAAAGAAAUCUCAGCACGCUGUCCUAGCAAGAAAGUUUGUGGAGGUUAUGACCAGGUACAAUGAAGCACAAGUAGAGUUCAGAGAGAAGAGCAAAGGAAGGAUCCAGAGACAGCUAGAGAUCACGGGUAAAACCACCACUGAUGAGGAGCUGGAGGAGAUGCUGGAUGGUGGCAAUGCUGCCGUCUUCACAGCAGGGAUUAUGGACUCAGCCAUCUCCAAGCAAGCUUUGAGUGAAAUUGAAGCAAGACACAAAGAUAUCAUGCGACUGGAGAGUAGCAUUAAAGAGCUGCAUGACAUGUUUGUGGACAUUGCCAUGCUAGUGGAGAAUCAGGGAAGCAUAAUCGACAGGAUUGAAAGCAACAUGGACCAAUCAGUGGGCUUUGUGGAACGAGCAGUGGCAGACACUAAAAAAGCAGCCAAGUUCCAGCAGGAAGCCCGGAGGGUAAAUUGGGAAAUUAAAUGCCACACACGUUUAUCAUGUCCAUGUAUUCACUUGUGUCGUCUUUUAAAUGGUGACAUUACUUUUGCCAAACAGGACUGUAAUAAUAUCAGCCAUAAGACCACUUAUGCUGUGAUAUCUGGCACCAACGUCCUUUAAAUUAUGUGUUGGGAAGUGGGGCCUCCAUGGAUCUGACAUGUUUGUCCUGCAUGUCCUACAGAUGCUUAAUCAGAUCUGGAGAAUAUUGAGGCCAAGUCAACAGCUUGAAUGCUUUGUCAUGUU